AUGAUCCAGACGACUCGUUUGAACACUUCCUCGCCGCGAACUCUCGCGGCAAUAAUCUCGCUUACUCUACUGCCUCUCUACUUCUUCUCCUACCAAUACCGCUCAAGGCAUCCCUACGGUGGCAGUACCUUCGACAAGCCACAAUUACCUUCGACCUCCUUCACGUCAUCGUCACAACUCUCGACAAGCGAAUCUUUCAUCCAAACCUGGCUCUCCACCCACCUCAUCGACCCUUUCGAUCCAGCCCCACUCGCCGCCUAUUGCAACUCCACCUCCAUCACCUGGCACCCAAACCUCGUCUCCAAUCUUCACGACGCCAAUGGCGGGAUCGGAAAUGUCCGCGGCAAUAUUCUCGACUUCCUUUUCACAGCCAUUGAAAUGGGAGCCUCCAUCAUUCUACCAGGUAUGGCUGCAAGACAAGAAGAUAAUUUGUCGAAUGUCUGGGGCGGUAGGCAAGAAUUUUCUGCUAUGUUUGAUGAGGCGUGGUUAGUGAAUAUGUUGGGAAAGACGUGUCCGGAGAUGAAAGUGUAUAAGAUUGAGGAGGGGAUGGAGAUGGUUCCUGCUGUGGAGGGGGUUUGGACUAGUCGGACGAGGAGGGUUGAUGAGGGGUUUGAGAAUACGGCGAAGAAGUGUUGGGAGGCUUUGAGGGGCUGGUUGAGUGGGAAUGAGGAUUUUAAGAGGAGGUAUGGGGGUGUUGAGAUGUUGAAUCGGGCUGAAGAGGGAGAGGUUGUGGUUGUGAAUUUGGGGAGGACACUUUGGGAUGUGGAUACGAGGAGUUUGCCGAGGGGGUUGAGGAGGAAUUUUGGGCAGUUGGUGAAAGUUGGGGCUAUGUAUCGAGGGUUGGCGGCAUUGGUGGUUUGGAGGUUGGUCGAGAAAUUUGGUUUGGAAUUGGACCCAAGUGAGGCCGUGCCAAAAGGACAAUUCUAUGGGGCGCAUUUGAGGACUGCAGACGACGCGAAGAAUGCUGGGUGGAUGGAUGUGGAAGGCAUGAAUGCUACUGCGCAGAUGGAAGAGUACAUUGGCCACGCGAAGGAGCACAAAUUACGAGUCAUCUACGUUGCUUCUGGCAAUGUCGAAGAUGUGAAGCGACUGAAGCAGAAGGCUGCCACUGAAGUUCCGCCGAUUGCUGUCGUCUCCAAAACCGAUCUGCUGCCAGCACAUGAAGCUUCAGCGUUGAGCGAACUGUCAUGGGACCAGCAGGCCCUAGUCGAUUGGGAAGUUCUCAAACGUUGCAGCGUAUUUGGCGGGAUCGUCAAGAGCAGUUUUGCUUACAAUAUCGCCAUGACCAGGAAUCAAUACCUCGAGGACCGCAAUAUUGUGAACGAGCCUUGGGCUGUGCUACAUUCAGAGCACAAUAUGGCCUUCGAUGAUGGACUCAGCAGGAUAUUUGGACGUGAUGAUUGGCAUGAGCGAAGGAUACCCAGGGGAAUGUGGCCGUAG